AGCUUGGGAACUCAGACGGCCGGGGGCUCGAAAGGCGCUGUGUCUACGUGCGGCCUGAUGCACCGGCCCGCGGAUGGGCCAUGAGAAACGCAUGCGGAGAUGGUGGCUUUUGCUGGUGGCGCGCAGUCAGGCGACGACGUUCACCUCCACCUCCACGGUGGUCACGGUCACCUCUACCACAGACCCCUGCGUCGUCGCGACGGACGCCUGCGAGUGCGCGGCCGGAGCCAUCUGCCGCUGGCUCGCCUUCUCGGGCGGCGGCGGGCUUUGUCAGAACGCCCACGAGCCCAGCGAGAUCGAGUGCGGGCUGUGCGACCAGCAGGAGAAGUGCAAGACCUCCAGUUGCGCGGACAUCCUUUCAGCCUGCAGCUGCGCUUCUGCGACCGGCUGCGCCUGGGAUUCGACUGCCUGUGUGGACUCCUUCGCGGCCACGCCGUGCAGCGCGUGCCCCACGCAAGUGGGCUGCGACGUAGACCCCCCGCGAGUGGUGGCGUAUAGCCCGGCCAACGGAGGUUCCUACAGCUCCGGCGCUGACCUGCGCAUCGUCCUGCAGUUCAGCGAGCGAGUCACCUGGUGCCCCAGCACCGAGACCCUCCGCUUUUGGUGCGCCGGAUCGGUGAACGAUGAGUCCAUUCCCAGGAUGCGUGUUCAGACAUUGCCGUCCACUUGGACCAUUGAUAUGUCCUGGUACUUGUCCUCCAUCACCCUGGAGAAUGAGAGGACCUGUGGUUUGUCGAUCGGCAGCUCGCUGAUUUGUGACGAGGAGGGAAUUCCUUUCGCCGGCCUUGCGCAGGGCGACUACAGUUUUCAACUUCUGGACACGGUUGGCCCGGCGCUGAUCGACUUCGACCCCAACAGCAUGUCGAUCGCGGUCCCCCUGGACGGCAACGUGAACUUCCUGUGGAGUGAGCCGGUGAUGUUGAACCCUACAGAAUCGGUUCAGGCGAUGCUCAGCCGGUUGGAGGUUGACACCACCGGCACCACUGCGGCAGUGCAGACCUUCGCGAUUACCCUUCAGGCACCCAAUGCGGAGAUCAUCUCCUCCUCCUUGCUGCGGAUACACCUCGAUGGCCUUCUCAGGUCUGGGAAGACCUAUACUCUGGAGCUUCCUGCCGGGGCUGUUACGGACCUGGCCGGGAAUCCCAGCGGCGACCUGCCGGCCAUGGCCUACAACUUCCGCGCCGCCGUAGCGGCCACCGGCGGCAGCGUCACGACGCCCACCAGCGGCUCUGCCGUGGGCCUGGUGAUUCUCAUCGUCUCCGUGGCGGUGUUCUGCAUCCUCGGCGGGGGCAUCGGCCUGGUGAAGCUGGUGCGCUCCCACGGCGCGGCCCUGAAGAACCUGCUGCCCAAGGACCGCGGCAGCCGGGAGCGGCGGCCACCUAGCGCCGUUAGCGCUGCCCCGGAGAAGGCCUCCUUCGCCGCGGCCUCCGCGGCGGCGGAGAGCGCCUACCGCGCCGCGGCCGCGGCGGCGGAGCGGCUCCGGGAGGAGCCCGCGAACUCGUCCGCGACCAACGCGACAGGGGCGACCGGGCCGGCGGCGACCUGGGCGCAGCGGCCCAGCUCCAAGACGGGCAACGGCAAGGUGCACCCCGGGCCCACGAGUGCAGCUCCCGGCUUCAACUCGGGCCGGGCCAGGCGCUCGAGCCCUCCGCCCAAAGAAGAAGGCGGUGGCCAGAAACCCAGCGCGCCGGCGCCGGAGAGCAACCUGUCGCCAGAGGUGCGAGCGGUGGAGAAGAAGUUGCAUGACAUGAUGGAGGAGCCCAUCGCCACCCGCAGGAAGCUCUUCAAGGAGCUGCUGGUGGAGUAUCACCCCGACAAGAAUUCCUCGCCUCACGCCAAGGAGGUCUUCCAGUACGUGAACAACGCGCGAAGUUGGUUCCUGGUGGAGACUUGAGAGCGCGGAUCCAUUUUCCAGCAGCCACUGCACCAAGUGGCACAGGCACGCCCUCUCAGCCUUUUCUGACAUUCACA